AUGCUUCUCAAAGCUAUCUUGCUUUCUAUCCUCGCCUUUCCUGCGCACAGAGCAUUCUGUCUGAGGCUUUCACCUGCGCCGGCCUCCAUUGCGCCUGAGGCAGGAGUGCCUACGGAGACACCUAUCGCCGGCAAUUACACAGGGCAUUUUCGCCCUCAGGUUCAUUUCUCGCCCCCAGUGGGGUUUAUGAACGACCCGAACGGUCUCUUUCGCGAUGCUUCAGGGACCUACCAUCUGUAUUACCAGUACAACCCAACAGCCAUAGUCGCUGGGAACCAACACUGGGGUCACGCUACGUCCACCGAUCUAUACCACUGGACCAAUCAGCCCAUCGCGCUCUUCCCUCAUCUCAACGUCACCGGCAUCUUCACCGGCUCCAUCAUCAUAGAUGUCAACAACACAUCGGGAUUCUUCCCCAACCAGACGAACGGCGUAGUCGCCAUUUAUACCGGAGAUGGCAGCGACGACGAAAAUCAACGCUUAGCAUUCUCCACCGACGGCGGCUUCACGUUCGAGCAAUUUUCAGGGAAUCCCGUUCUCGCGAUUGGCUCGAGGGCGUUUCGCGAUCCGAAAGUAAUAUGGCAUAAGGAGACGCAGAUGUGGGUGAUGAGCGUAGCUUUCGCGAAUGAUCGCGCAAUUGGGUUCUUCACAUCCCCGAAUCUGCGCAACUGGACACACGUAUCGAGCUUCACCUUCCACGUCAUAGGUGAUGUAUACGAGUGUCCAAAUAUGCUCCCGGUGCCGUUGCUCGAAGAGGAUGGGAGCGUACACGAGACCGUGGAUUUGCUGUGGAUCUCCAUCAACCCAGGCGCGCCGCUAGGCGGAAGCAUCAGCCAAUAUUUCCCAGGCCAUUUCAACGGGACGCAUUUUACGGCUGUCGAUGAAGAGAUCAGGCUAGCGGAUUUCGGGAAAGACAAUUACGCCACACAAUUCUGGUAUGGUGUCGAUGGCGAUCCUCUUGAAGGCGGAGCACUCUCGAUUGCGUGGGCCAGCAAUGCACAAUAUGCGAACGAUGUCCCUACUGGACCGAGCGAAGGGUGGAGGAGUAGCAUGUCAUUGCCGCGGAGGAAUUUCUUGAAGAACGAUGCAGAGAUAGGUUGGACGCUGGUGUCGACACCCUUCGAUCUUAGGCCGGCGAUAGGAGCAGAGUUAGCAAGCAGCAAUUCGCUCGGAAAUGGCAUGCUAGUUGCACAGGGAGGUGUGAACGAGAGCAAUGCCAACACCGGAACCUUCAUGAUCGCCGUGAACAUCACAAGUCUAAAUGGCGGCGCCCUCGGAAACGACGCAGCGAUAACAUUCAUCAUCUCUUCCUCGUCAAGCGGAGAGAGCCUCAAAGCGCAGCAGAAGCUCUCGGGGGACCACUCCCUCGUCUUGGAUAGAAGCAACACGAGAGGGUUCACAAAUUCGGAUUUCAACCCUCAAGUCGAAACGGAGCUAGCAUUUACCGAGGAAUGGGACGUGGUGAUGACAAUCGAUAGGAGCGUAUGGGAGGUGUUUGUGUUGGGCGGCAAGAGAAGCGCGACGCUGCUGUACUUUCCUGAGGGGAUCUUGGAUCGGGUUGAGGUCGCGACUGAGGGAUUGGGCGAGCAAACCCAGGUCAGCGUUCGGAUUAACGAAUUGAGCAGCACAUGGCCCGUGGCAACUACGGCAUGA